UUGGACCCUGCGCUACGUUGUUAUUAUCGCGGAAGGGAAACAGGGCACGCCACUCAUUGGCUACGGAGAUGCCUCUUGGCGUUUAGGGCGGGCAUGAAAUUCGCGGGUCCCACAGACAACAUUCGCACUCAACGUACAAAGGCGGGGACAGCACUUUUCAAAUACCGAACGCGUUUCCAGAGAUUCUUUCCUUAGUUAAACCAUCCCACAGAACUGUUUAUCGAAUAUUACGACUUUAUCGCCUGGGAGGGCUUUCAAAGUUCGUGCCCGCGUUACUAUAUACCCCACCAUUACCACCGGUACACACAACAACUGUUUCGCCACGAUGUCGAUACUCCCACCAGAAGUGCACACGGCACUGAGCCAGCUUCUCCAUGGCCUCCAGGCAUCUGAUAAUACUGUUCGCUCUCAGGCAGAGGAAGAGCUGAAGAACAACUGGGAACAGACCCAACCUGAAAUUCUGCUUAUGGGUUUAUCGGAGCAGAUACAGGCUGAACAGGAUCCUUCAAUCCGCACUUUUGCUGCUGUCCUAUUCCGUCGCAUAUCAAUACGAUCGCGCAAAGACCCCAAUACAAAUGCAACAAAGGAGCUAUUCUUGCUUCUCGGCGCAGAGCAGCGCCAGGCUAUCCGUACAAAGGUCUUGGAGACUCUUGGGACCGAGACAGUUGCCAAUGUGAGGAACAAGAUUGGCGACGCCGUUGCUGAGCUGGCAAGACAGUUCACUGAAGAAGGAGAACAGUGGCCUGAGCUCCUGGGAUCACUGUUUACACUCAGUCAAUCGGCUAAUGCCCAGCAGCGAGAGGCUGCGUAUAAAAUAUUCUCAGCCACACCUGGAAUCAUCGAAAAGCAACAUGAGGAUACUGUCCAGUCAGCGUUUACAAAAGGGUUCAAAGAUGAGGAUUUUGCGGUGCGCAUCGCCGCCAUGGACGCCUUCUCGAGCUUUUUUCGUUCGGUCCAAAAGAAGGUCCAAACCAAGUACUACAUCCUUGUUCCGGAUAUUCUGAAUAUUCUGCCGCCGAUCAAAGAGUCCGGAGACUCAGCGCAACUCACCUUAGCUCUAGUCGCACUGAUUGAGCUGGCUGAAAUCGCGCCAAAGAUGUUCAAGCCUGCCUUCAACAAUCUCGUAACAUUCUCUGUGACCGUCAUCCAAGACAAGGAACUGGACGAUACGACCAGACAGAACGCAUUGGAGCUUAUGGCUACCUUCGCUGACAUGGCACCUCAAAUGUGCAAAAAAGAUGAAUCAUACACAUCUGAGAUGGUGACACAGUGUCUUUCACUCAUGACAGAUGUGGGUGCAGACGAUGACGACGCCUCAGAAUGGAAUGAGUCCGAAGAUCUUGAUAAUGAUGAAAGCGACAUGAACCAUGUCGCUGGAGAACAAUGUAUGGAUCGGUUGGCCAAUAAGCUCGGAGGACAGGCUAUCCUCCCCCCGACUUUCAAUUGGCUUCCGCGCAUGAUGACUUCUUCUGCAUGGAGAGAUAGACAUGCCGCACUUAUGGCGAUUUCAGCGAUUUCAGAGGGUUGCCGAGACCUCAUGACGGGCGAGCUUGAUAAAGUUCUCGACCUUGUACUUCCUGCUCUGAGAGAUCCACAUCCUCGAGUGAGAUGGGCCGGAUGUAAUGCUGUCGGUCAGAUGAGUACCGACUUUGCCGGGAUCAUGCAGGAGAAGUACCAUCAAGUCGUUGUUCCCAACAUCAUACCCGUCCUGGAGUCACCCGAACCACGUGUGCAAGCUCAUGCGGCUGCUGCGCUUGUCAACUUCUGCGAGGAGGCUGAAAAACAAAUCCUGGAGCCAUAUCUUGAUGGCCUAUUAAACCAUCUUCUGAUUCUGCUCCAAAGCCCGAAAAGAUUCGUCCAAGAACAAGCCUUAUCGACCAUUGCCACAGUCGCUGAUUCCGCUCAGACUGCUUUCGGCAAGUAUUAUGAUACGCUCAUGCCAUUGCUGUUCAAUGUGCUUAGAGAGGAACAGUCCAAGGAAUUUCGCCUGCUACGCGCGAAGGCCAUGGAAUGCGCGACUCUAAUUGCCUUGGCUGUGGGCAAGGACCGAAUGAACCAAGAUGCAUUAUCUCUUGUUCAGCUCCUUGGAGUUAUCCAGCAAAAUAUUACAGAGCCUGACGACCCACAAGCGUCGUACCUGUUGCACUGCUGGGGUCGCAUGUGCCGGGUAUUAGAUGCAGAUUUCGUCCCAUAUCUCAGUGCAGUCAUCCCGCCGUUGACUGAUCUUGCCGGUGCCAAGGCCGAUAUACAACUGCUCGAUGACGAGGAGCAAGUUGCGCAAAUCGAAGGUGAAGAGGGUUGGGAGCUGGUUCCUUUGAAAGGCAAAGUCAUCGGAAUCAAGACUAGCACACUAGACGAUAAACACAUGGCGAUCGAGCUGAUUGUCAUCUACGCUCAAGUUCUCGGUCCUGCCUUCGAGCCGUACGUUACCGAUAUCAUGGAGAAGAUUGCUCUGCCCGGAUUAGCAUUUUUCUUCCACGACCCAGUAAGGGUCGCAUCUGCCAAGGCUGUUCCUCAACUACUUGCAUCUUAUAAGAAAGCUCACGGUGAACAGUCUCCUCAAUUUGCAAAGCUUUGGGAAGGUACCAUCGAGAAGGUACUCGAAGUGCUCACGACAGAACCAGCCAUUGACACUCUGGCUGAGAUGUACCAAUGUUUCUACGAGUCCCUCGAGGUUGUCGGCAAGGGCUGCCUCACUGAUGCUCAUAUGGCCGCCUUCAUCAAGGGUGCAGAGUCUGUCCUUAAAGACUAUGAUUCUCGUGUGAGCGAACGAUCGCAAGAAUUGGCAGAGCAAGAGGAGGGCGAAGAACUCCCCGAAGAGAUGUUAUAUGCCAUCGAGGACGACCAAACGCUCUUGUCAGAUAUGAACAAGGCUUUCCACACUGUCUUUAAGAACCAUGGGGUCGCAUUCCUGAAACAUUGGGAGAUUCUUCUGGGAUAUUAUAACAAGGCUGUCGUCAAUCCCGAUGCUACCCAGCGUCAGUGGGCUCUUUGUAUCUUCGACGACGUUCUCGAGUUCUGUGGGCCGCAAAGCUGGAAUUACCAGGCCCAUAUCGUAGGCCCACUUGUGGCCGGCAUGCGAGAUGAUGUUCCAGCCAACAGACAAGCUGCAGUGUACGGUGUUGGCUGUGCUGCUCACAAGGGUGGUGAAGCUUGGGCAGAGUUUGCAAAUGCAAGCCUAGCACCAUUGUUUGAAUCGACGCAACGCGCAAAUGCUCGAGACGACGAUGAUGUGUUCGCGACGGAGAAUGCAUGUGCAGCUAUUGCGAAAAUCUUGCACUACAACCCAGGAAAGGUUACCAAUUGGCAAGAGGUAUCGCAAAUGUGGAUCGAAACUCUACCUGUCGUCAAUGAUGAAGAAGCAGCCCCGUAUGCAUAUUCAUUCCUCGCUCAACUCAUCGAUCAAGGUAAUCCAGCCGUUAUGGCUGGCAACCGUCCCAGCCAAUGUUUCACAUACAUUGCCCUUGCCCUAGAGGCGGAGACAGUCCAGGGUCAGAUCGCCUCCCGAGUCGUUGCGGCGGCCAAGCAUUUGAUUGCUACUGCUGGACUCGACGCCAACCAGCUACUGUCCAGUUUAUCUCCAGAAACUCAACAGACCGUACGCGCAUAUUUCGGGUAGCAAGGAGCUGGAUGAAUCUUUAAGGGAUUGGGUAUGAGGUAAUCAGUGAGG